CACCCAUCCAUCCAUCCACCCACCCACCAGCUCGCCCGCCUCCAUCCGCAGCGGCCAGACCAGGCCCCCUCUCCUCCUCCCCCUCCCUCCUCCCCGUUCUCCGCCUCGGACGCGGCGCGCCCGACCGUCCGCCUCCGACUCCCCUUCCCCGUCCCCGAUCCGGAGCCGACUCGACCUUGUUGAGGAGUACGACCCCGAACCGCGGCGGGAGGGAGGGGGGCGGCCUCCUUUUAGCUUCCCCCCGCCGGAGGCCAGCCGCCCCAUGGGCCGGUCGCCUGCGCGCGCUACGUAUCAGCUCAUCGACCGGCGGAAAGGUACCACCGGUUCCUUCGCCUGCUGACCCCCAGAUCUGGUGAAAUUCAGCGUAGAUCUGGUUCGGAUCUUAGCACUGGGUUUGCUGGUCAGUAAUUCGCCGGUGUCCUGUCGCGUGCGUGCGGUGAAAAAAAAGAAGGGGCCGGCGUCUUUUUUCUUUCCCGCCGCUUUAGCGUCGGCCGGAGAGCAAUUAAGCGAAGCAAGGGCUUGGGUAACUCUUUGUUGAAAGAAUCUCUCCUGUACAUGUAAUAUUGCAUGUAAUUUCUGUUAAAGAUGAGUUCUCUGAAUAAAGUUGUUUCAAAUAGUGGAGACACGUGUUCACUGUUACCUAGUAAAGCCACAUCAUUAAAUCCCAAUGCAGCAGAAUUCGUACCUUCGUUUAUUAAACCAUCUCUUGGAAGUAGCACAGUUCCAGAUGUAACGAAGUCAGAUUUUAGAGGGUCUUCUGGAAAAACAAUCUUAGAUAGGUCCGAGUCUUCAAAGUCUAACAACUCGGAUGAUGAGGCACACCAGUUUUGGCGCAAGCAGCUUCCAGAUGACAUUAUUCCAGACUUCUCUUCUUUUGAGAAAGUUGAACAAGGGCCUGAAGAAUUGUCCCUUGCUGGACUAUCCUUGAAUGCGCCACCCUUUUAUGGGACAACUUCCAGCCGCUUCUCAAGAGAACAUCAAGAGUUAUCUUCUCCAGCUACCAAGGGCCUGGAACUGGAACAUACUAAUCUACUUUACGAAGACAAUUAUUUGGGGUCAAGCAACUGGGAGCAAAAUUAUAUUGGUGAUCUUCGCAUUGCUAAUGAGAAUCAGGACCUUCAUUAUGGCUCUGAAAGCGCUGCAGGCUUUUCUGACAGUUUUGCUAGCGAGUAUGCUGCUGCAUCUGAUGGCGUUGUUGACCCCUUGGAAUACUUAGCAUCACAGUUUCCUGGUUUUUCAGCAGAGAGCCUUGCAGAGCUAUACUAUGCAAAUGGAUGCGACUUCAACCACACCAUUGAUAUUCUCACCCAGCUAGAGAUGCAAGUUGAUCCUACCCCAAAUCACGCAAUGAAUUUGACCCCCAGAGCACCGAACUUUAGCACAGGGGAUUUCCCUGCUCUGCCAACAGCUGAAGACCAGAAUGGUUUCAGUAAGGGGAACAUGGAUGUCCUUGGCAUCUUCAAUGGGCGUGGGUCGUCCACCGUAUCAGGUGGACCAGGUGAUUUUGUUUCAGCUGUUCGCAAACUUGCAUCACAAAAUUCUAGCCACUGGAAGUUUAAGAAAGGUCCUGAAUACGGGAAUGGUGUUUCGUCUCAUUCUGUACCCAAGCAGUACAGUUCUAGCACCAAACAAUCAUCUGGGAACAAAUUUCAAAGUGUUAGCGGUGCAAGAGUUGCUCCAUGGCUUGAGACUGGUGAUGCAGUGGCAAAUAUGUACUCCGAAUCAAGGGGGGAAGCUCGUGAUUAUGCUAGGGUCAGAAAUGCUUGCUUUGAGCAGGCUAGACAGGCUUACUUGGUUGGCAACAAAGCUCUGGCCAAGGAACUGAGCAUGAAGGGUCAGGCGUACAAUGCGCAAAUGAAAGCAGCUCAUGAGAAAGCCAGAGAAGCUAUUUAUCGACAAAGGAAUCCUGUUUCGCAACGGGGAGGUGAUGGUCUGAUCGAUUUACAUGGACUGCAUGUGAGCGAAGCAAUCCACACCCUAAAGGUUGAGCUUGCUGCCAUGAAAAGCGCAGCGAGGGCUGCGGGGGAGAGGAUGCAGGUCAUGGUAUGCGUCGGGACAGGCCACCACACCAAGGGCUCACGCACCGCAAGGUUGCCCAUUGCAGUGGAGCAGUUCCUCCUGGACGAAGGUUUCCAUUAUUCGCAGCCUCAACCAGGUCUUCUCCGCGUCAUGGUGUACUAACAUCUCUUAGGUAAGACACCAUGGAGAUAGAAAGGACCACCCAAAAAAAGGAGAAAAGAGAUGUAUGAAAAACACAAAAAAAGCGUCGUUGGAGAACGCACUGUAAUUUCCUUGUAGCUGUAUAUUAAAAGAGGCAGCAGGAGAAUAGCCUGACAACAGAAUACAGUGUAAAAUUAUACAUAGCUUCAUUCAAUUCACAUUCCAUUCCCAUAUC